AAACCUAGCGAUUGGUGAAACUAAAACGUGAUCAGUCAUCAGUCGUCUGUGCGACUGUAAUGUUGAUUGCAAGUACUCGUUUCAAAUGUUACUUACAGUGAAAACAAAGUGAAAGUAAUUUUUUUUAAAUUUCAUUCAAAAGUUUCUACUUUUUUUUAAAAAAUCAAUUAAAUGGAAAAUAAAAGUUUAAAAUAAGAGUUUUCUUGACAGAUUGUAAAUUUGAAUUUAAACACUUGUCAUUUUUUGUUAUUUAAAAAAUUAUCACAAUAUGACAGAAGUCAACAAAGAUUUACAACGUGAAAGAAAUAAUUGCACAUUCAAACCAAUCGAACUGACGCAUUUACUCGAUGGAAGUCCGGAAAAAACUGCAGUACGUCGUGAACGAGAGGACUAUUUUCUAAGUGACCCAGAGUUAAAAGAUAAAAUCCCUAAUAGUUACUGUAGUCAUAAAGAACUUUACGAAGAUGCCAUUAGAAAAGGUUGUAUCUUAUUACGAAAAAUUAAAUAUUUACAAGAACAGGGCAAAGGAGAAAUCGAUAUGUAUUCACAAGUAUUAGGAGGUAUGUUAGGAGCAGCGCUAAUUCAAAAUGGUAAUCCAUUAGUACUUCAUUAUGUAAUGUUUAUACCGACAAUUAUGGGACAAGGUACUAUUGAACAACAGGGUUAUUGGAUCAGUCGCGCAUGGUCAUGUAAUAUAAUUGGUACCUACGCACAGACUGAAUUAGGGCAUGGAACGUUUAUUAGAGGAUUAGAAACAACGGCAACUUAUGAUCCAGAUACUAAAGAAUUUAUAUUAAAUAGUCCGACACGUACUUCUUAUAAAUGGUGGCCUGGUGGUCUCGGUCAUACAGCAAAUUACGCAGUUGUUGUUGCACAAUUGUAUACACAAGGUAUUUGCCGAGGGAUUCAUCCUUUUAUUGUUCAAUUGAGAGAUGAAGAAACACAUGAGCCUUUAUCUGGCAUAAAAAUCGGUGAAAUUGGUACAAAGUUAGGAAUGAACAGUACCAACAAUGGCUUCCUGGGUUUCAAUGAGGUCAGAAUACCUCGGGAAAACAUGUUAAUGAAAAACGCACAAGUGCUUGAAGACGGAACUUAUGUGAAGCCAGCAACAGAUAAACUCACUUACGGUACAAUGAUGUUUGUUCGCGUGUUAUUAGUACGCGAUACUGCUAGAUAUUUAUCGAAAGCCGUUACGAUCGCUAUUCGUUACAGUGCUGUACGUAGGCAGAGUCAAAUAAAACCAGAUGCAGGCGAAUGUCAAAUAAUAGACUUUGUAACCCAACAAUACAAAUUAUUCCCACACUUGGCCUCAUGUUUUUCAUUUGUAUUAUCCGCUGACUGGAUAUGGGAAAUGUAUAAUAAUGUAUCCGCUGAAUUACAUCAUGGAGAAUUAGAAAGAUUACCUGAGUUGCAUGCAUUAACCUGCUGUUUAAAAGCAGUUGCGUCCUCGGAUGCAGCUAUGGGAGUUGAACAAUUACGUUUAGCUUGCGGUGGUCAUGGAUACAUGGACUCUAGUAAUUUACCCGCGACGUACAGUUUAGUAACGGCUAUUUGUACGUACGAAGGUGAAAAUACCGUUAUGUUAUUACAGACCGCACGUUAUCUUGUAAAAGCUUGUAAGCAAGCACUUGCUGGUGAUCCACUCACACCGACUGUUAGAUAUUUAUCUGUAUUGUCAAAGGGCGGCAAGCGACGUCCGUGGAAAAAUACAUUGACUUGUAUUAUUGUCGCGCAUCAAGCUGCUGCAGCUGGUAAAAUUCGAACGGCAACUGAUAAUAUUGAUAGGAGAAUACGCCAGGGUGAAAGUCCUGAAGAUGCGUGGAAUCAUACGAGUAUUGAAUUGGUACAGGCUGCGGAAGCGCACUGCCGUUCAUUUUUAGUUUUGAGAUUCGCUGAAUGGGUCAAAAGUUUGACAAAUGUCUCUAAAGAAUUACAUGACGUCUUGAAACAGUUGUGUGAAAUGUACGCCGUUUACUGGGUCCUACAACGACUUGGUGAUUUUCUGAGGUUCUCAUGCUUAAAAGCAGAAGACGUACCAGCGCUUCAAAAACGUCUCGAAGAUCUAUUUCAGUUAAUAAGAGUAAAUGCCGUGGGCUUAGUUGACGCAUUUGACAUCAGGGAUGAAAUAUUGGGCUCUACUCUCGGUGCUUAUGACGGCAACGUUUACGAAAGGUUAUUCACCGAAGCUAUGAAGUCUCCCCUAAACCAAGAGAGUGUCAAUAAAUCAUUUAAUUUAUAUCUCAAGCCCUUGCUGAAGAGUAAUUUAUAAAAAAAUAAAAUAAGUUCUUAAUUAAUUGUUACUAAGUACCACCCGAAUACUUAAAGAAGACGUCGGACCGGCAGACUGAGGCCGGGAUUCGCACGCGGGAGACCAGGGUUCGAAUCUCGGUCAUGUCAAGUGAUUUUUGAAUACAAAAAUUUACACCAACACUAAUACCCAUGCCACAAAUAAUAAUUAUUAUUAUUAUUACCCAAAUACUCUAUAUUUUAAUAGUGCCUUUUAAUUAUGGUGGAAAAUGUUAUACAAUUUAAAAAAAUAUAUACUGUUUUAAAUAAUUACUAAUACAAUGUUGCUCAAAUGUUAAAAGUUACAAAUUUUUAUAAUUGUUUAUUGAUUGAAAAUAAAAAUUAUUAAUUAGAA